CGUGUCUCAACGCGCCGCGACGCGCCUACGUUCCUCUUCCGAGCGAGGAGAGCCAACGACACCAUUCGCUCGCCCAGAGUAAGCAGAAACGCAGCAACGUGCAACGUAUCUGUCUGUCUCGUAUUGUCUCCCUCCCUCUUCUCCGUUCAGCCGUGAGACUCUAGCCUGCCGCUAAUUAUCACUGACAUAUACUGAUCUGCAAUUAACAGCCACCCCGUACAUCGCACACGCGCGCAACGUGGGUGAGCGAUUUCGGCGAGAAACGCGACACGCCACUCGUCUUCAAGAUUCCGUUCCUCGCGAAGAUGACGUCCCGCCUGCGCGGCCCCUCGGCGGUGAAGGACACACCGAGGGCCGCCCCCUUCGCCAAGGACCACUUCCAUCGCGAGCCGGAAGUGCACUCCGGCCGGUUGUGCAAGAACGGCGACCGCAGCAAUCGUUAUCACUUCGGCAUGUCGAAGCACGAUAGCAAGGCGGAGCGGAACGGCCGGGAAUGCGGCAAAGAGGACACCGCAGUGGAGGAGGACAGCGCUGACCUGCUGUACAGGAAGAGCAGGCAGCAUUUCGCUGCGUGGCAGAUCAAGGACAUCGUGCAGGAUGACGGCGUCGCUGGUGGCUGCGGCGCGAAGAGGUCGUCGCGGCGGCAGGAGCACGAGAACUCGCGGCAUUUGACGAACGGCAAGUUCAGGAGCGAGUCCAUGGGCGCGAAAAUCGCGGACAAGUCGCAGCAGGAUCGCUUGGAGUAUCGGGACGAAGGAUACGUGGGCUCCUUGCCACGGGAGGACCGCCAGCGGGGCGAGUCCGUCGAGCGAGAAAUCAACGGCUCUCACAGGACCAAGAGGAAAGAAUCCUCCUCUUGGGAGGACAUGGAGUCGCGGGGUCGCGGGAGGUCGUCGAAAGCCAUCGGUAAGAGCCACGACAACAAAGGCGACUCGCAGCAGCAGCAACAGCCGAUUGACGAGCGGGACAUCCUGCUGAAGGAGAUCGAGAGCCUGGCCGUGGACGGCAGCCAGUCGCCGGAUCGCAGGAUCCAGGCGAUGAUCGAGCGGCUGAAGUCGCGGGAGGAGAACAAGCUACGCUCCAGAAGGGAGCAGAGAUCGGCGAGUCCCGAGAAGGAAGCGCGUGGCAGGACGAGAAGCGGCGGCAGGCUCGAGCCGCGAGCGUUCGUCGACCAGACGCUCGAUAAUCGAUCCAGCGAACGCGGCAAGAGGCCGAAGGACGAGCACGAGGACGAGCGGAGGCCGAGUGAGCCCAAGUUGCGCGGGAUGCUGUCAGACCGCGAGGAGGAUCGGAGGUCGAAGAGCGUGGAGAGGCAGCCGAGCGAGGUCCUGUUCUCCGACAAAGAGCGUGAGCCUCGUAGGGAUGACAGUUUCCGGAAAGGCAGGAGCGACACCUACAGCGCCGAGAAAAUUCACCGUAGAAGAUCGAGGGAGGACGAGGACGAGGAGCAGUCGCGGCAACCGAGGGACAGCUCGAAGAGGAGAAGCUACGCUUACGAGGGUUCGCCGGAGGACUUUGACGUGAGGAUACAGAAGUAUGACCGGGCUCUCUUGGAGCCUAGAAGGGAUCUGGACACACCGCGUAGGAGUUCGCCCAAGGACCCCAGUCUAACUAGGAAGGAGUCUCUGAAGGAGCACGAUCGUGAGCCAGUGAGCAAGAAGAAUUCCUUCCGAGCGGAGUCCAAGAGGACCAGCAGCAAGGACCGCGAGUCCAGUUUAACGAGAAGGACGUCGUUCAAGGAUCAGGAUAACGAUGGGUACAAGAGGCACGUUUCGAAGAGCCCGCUCGAGCCUGCCGUGAGAAGUACAUAUUUUGGUAAAGAUCAAGAGGACUCGUGUUCUCGCAAGGAUUCGUUCAAGGAUAUGAGCGUGGAGACGGGCAGGAAAGGAUCCUUUCUCAAGGUACAGGACGGUGCAUUUGAAAGGGCGUACCUAAAGGAUUCAUCGCAUGACGACGUAGAGCGGAAAGUCUUCGCCAAGGAGCACGCGGUGAGUGGCGUUAGCAGGAUCGUACUGAGAAAUUUCGAUGACGAAUCGGGUAGGAGCAACUCCUUUAAGAACAGCAGUGAGGAUUCCGGGCAGAGGAGCUCGUUUAAGGAAAAGAGCAUCGAGUUCGGCGGGAUUUCCUACAAGGAUCGCGCGAGUGACUCAGAGAAGAGGAACAGCUUCAAGGAGGACGAGGAGGGGAGUCGUGGAAGGACGCUCUAUCACGAUUACGAGAAGAACAACAUUGACAGGAAAACUGCUAACGAACGAUAUAUUGAGUUCGGCAAGGUAUCCUUCAAGACGCAGGACGACGAGCUGCAGAGCAGCUCGUUCAAGGAGAAAGACAACAUGGCGGUCACGAGGACGAGUUCCUUCAAGGAACGCGACCCUUCCACGAAGAGACGCGCGUCCUUGCGCAACAAGGGCGCUGGCGAAGUGCUUGACAGAAAAUCAGACAGACACUUGAGGCCGUUAACGCCGCCAGAUCGGAAGGACGAGUCUUUGGAGAGUCGCGAGGACAACGGCAAGGAUCCGAAAGGCUUCAGCGCCAAGUCCUGGUACGAGAGCAACCGAGUGUUCUCCAAUAAAUACCUGCGCGAGCACAGCAAGCUACGCGGCGCACCCGAAGGACGAAUCGACCACGACGUCUCGCCCGAGCGAGGACUCGCGAUCCUGCCAGACACGAAGACCGCGGUCGAGUACACGUACGCGAACGAUCCCGAGGAGGAUCCUCGCUUCGGGGUCCUCUCGCGCGGCAGGCUCGAUCCUACCGAUGACGAGCCGCGUUUCUCGGCCACCAGCGAGCACAACGGCACCACCAUAAUCAGGAUCCGCUCGUCGGAGGAGCAGGCCGGCGCGGAGAGAUCGCGCCGCCGCCGUCGCGUCGCGCAGGAAGUGUGCGCAGUGAGACGUCGCAAGGCAUACGAGGACGAGGACGACGACGACAGCGACGAGGACGAGGUGGCAGAGGGGAAGGAACGCCGGUGGUGGGCUCGGACGGGCGACGGAGUACUACCGGAAAGGAACGCCACCGCCGGCAACGCCAGCGACGCGACGCCUUCGAGAACGAUGUGGAAUUACCGCGAAGGGGGCGUGCUCAUUACCGACGUGGAGGAAGGGCAACCCUGUUUACAGUGCGGGGAGACGUGUCCCGGAUUUUCGCCACAUGCUUGGAGAAAAAACUGCACCAGCUGCAAGUGUCCACGAGAGGCCCACGAUGUCUGCCACGAAGAGUGGGUAUCCGUCAGGUCCCGCUUGGGCCUCAAAGGCGACGAGCCGAGUGGACCUAUCAGUGUGGAUCCUAGAGAGAGAGGUCUCGCUUGGGCGCCACCCGGUCUUGCGUCGCAUAAGGUGGAAGAGUACUUCUCGAUGUUGCCGGAGAUCGCCGUGCCGAGACUCGGCACACCCGGCGAGCGUCACAGGGAUCGCCAGUUAGCGAUCCAGUUGCCUAAGCAGGACUUAGCGAGGGCCUAUUGUCGUCACUUAGACCUGAAACACGCCAGCAGCGCUGAUGACUUUAUGGCCGCCAGGAACGAGAUCGCCUUGGACAUCGGGAGCGUGCAAGAGGUCCUCGAGAGAAAUCUCGAGUGCGGCGUGUGCCAAUCGCCCCUAAAAUACGGCAGUCUCGCUGUAUCAGCCAGCAAACUGGGUCUAUUUUAUCACCCGGCGUGCUUCAGAUGCGCGGAUUGCAAGGAGCUCCUGGUCGAUCUCGCUUAUUGCGUGCACGACGACACGCUCUUCUGCGAGAGGCAUUACGCAGAACAGCUAAAGCCGAGAUGCGCCGCGUGCGACGAGUUGAUUUUCAGUGGCGAAUACACGAAGGCGAUGAACAAGGACUGGCACAGCGGCCACUUCUGUUGCUGGCAGUGCGACGAAUCCCUGACAGGACAGCGCUACGUCCUCAGGGACGAGCAUCCCUACUGCAUUAAGUGUUACGAGAGCGUGUUCGCCAAUGGCUGCGAGGAGUGCAACAAAAUCAUCGGCAUCGACUCCAAGGAUCUGUCGUACAAGGAUAAGCAUUGGCACGAGGCCUGCUUCCUCUGCAACAGGUGCAGAGUGUCCUUGGUGGACAAACAGUUCGGCAGUAAGGUGGACAAGAUCUACUGCGGCAACUGCUACGACGCUCAAUUCGCCAGCCGUUGCGAUGGAUGCGGCGAGAUCUUCCGCGCUGGCACCAAGAAGAUGGAAUAUAAGACCAGACAGUGGCAUGAGAAGUGCUUCUGCUGCGUGGUUUGCAAGAACCCGAUCGGCACGAAGAGCUUCAUCCCGCGCGAGCAGGAGAUUUACUGCGCUGGCUGCUACGAGGACAAGUUCGCCACCCGAUGUGUCAAGUGCAACAAGAUCAUCACCAGCGGCGGCGUGACGUACAAGAACGAGCCUUGGCACAGAGACUGCUUCACUUGCAGCAACUGCAACAACUCCCUGGCGGGUCAACGGUUCACGUCGCGCGACGACAAGCCGUACUGCGCCGAAUGCUUCGGCGAGCUCUUCGCCAAGAGAUGCACCGCUUGCUCCAAGCCGAUUACCGGUAUCGGCGGCACUCGCUUCAUCUCCUUCGAAGACAGGCACUGGCACAACGAUUGCUUCAUCUGCGCGGGCUGCAAAACCUCACUGGUCGGGCGCGGCUUUAUCACCGACGGCGACGACAUCAUCUGCCCCGAGUGCGCCAAGAUGAAGCUGAUGUAAAGAAGCUUCAGCGAUGGCCUCUCGACGACAUCGUGAACGACAACGGGCUCGACGGGUACCGAGGCAAAGGGAGAGCGAAGGACAUUCGGCGCGGCGAGCGCGCAAUCGUCAAACGGAUCAUCGCAAUCGUCCACACCGUGCGUCACCGUGAAAAAUGGAAGAAAGAAAAAAGGAAAAAAUGACAAAAAAAGAAAAAAACAAAGAAAAGAGCAUCAUCACGAUGUCGCUAGCCGACGACGAACGACGGACGGGGUGAGCUAGGGCUUUCAUAAAGCUUCGCCGCAACAGUCGUAAUGAGGAGCGAGUAAAACGGCGUAAUCUAACAAAUAUCGCGAAUGAGAAUAAACAGGUAAAAGAGAGAGGGAAAGAGGGAAAGGGAGAGAGGGAGAGGGAGGGCGAGGGGAACAAAAGAGUUGCACUCUGUCAUAUAGUAGAUUCUUUCACGAGCAAAUCCACAACGGCUCCGAUGGGGCCGUGUGGGUCGUCUUCCCCCUCCGAAGUAUCUUCGCGAAAGCAAUCUUCUCUCCUCGUCUCGAUCGGCAUGACAGAUCCCGUGAGUACCGAUCGAUCGCGAGCGAGAUGGGAGAGGAGGGGAAGAAAGACGGCCGGCGCGAUGCAGCAGCGACGGAAUGUGGAUCGUCUUCUUUGUAGCUUCAUAGCUGUAGCGAUAUUAGUUUGUUUGUUCUUGUCGGGUUUUCGUUUUGCAUGUGCUUCGGCGGGGAAUCCGCCGAUUCGUGUCCGUGUUACUGUACGCCGAGUAACAACCAGCUUGAUCGCCGUCGCUCCCAGCGACACUGAGGACCCGAAGCUGGAUUGGGAUCUCGGAUCCUCUCGGGCAGCGAAGAAGGCACGCUGGCCAGCGAGCUCGUCGAUGAGGAAGAGGGAAAAUCAAAUCGCCUUAGUAGCGUAACAACGCGACUCGUCGAGCGCUCGUCGAGCGAGACGAACGGGCCUGAUGAGCGCCCUCGUGAUGUUAUUAAUACUGUUAAUUAAUAUCGUUUUCGCUUUGUACAAUGGUAGAGACACGCGCAUGUGGGCGCCAAGAGAGUCAUAUACAUGUAUACUUUAUAUAUAUACAUAUAUAUAUUCUUACGAGAAACUAAAUUUGAUACACACACAUACACAAUAAUGUUGUACUUCCGCUCGACUCGCACGCUCGAGAUAGAAAAAACGCGACAAUGCGACACGUACGUUUGGUUUCAGCAGGGUUUGAACGCUUCCUUGCUGGCUGCGAUUUAGGACAUGGCCGAUGAAUCAAUGAAGAAGCCUAACUUCUGAGGAUUUAUCGGAAGUUAGUCUCCUCAUGGGUCGUUUGGCCACGUUCCAAGCUGCAUCAAGAGAAAAAGUACUGAACCGUCCUGAAAUCGAGUGUACACUUGUUUGCGCAAUGACCCGCACGCAGUUUUCCAAUGAAGUUAAGGGCGCUUCAAAUAGGCAUGAUUAAGAGUCACUGCUCAUGGGCUUACGCAA